UUUACCCUAAUAAGAAAUUUGAUCAUAUUAAAGUAAUCCAAAAAAUAAUGAAGUUAUUUCCGAUUCAUUUAGUUAAUGCUGCACACAAAAUGCUACCGUGCGAAUGGUCUCCUGUAAGUGCACGAAAUGAAGCGGUUAGUCAGAAAGAGGCUUCUGCAGCGAAUGGCAAAAAUAGAUAUGACGGCAUGUAUUGCACCAACACUUUGUAAGCUCAGCCAGCAUGAUAUAAACAGGACUGCUUCGUGUAGCUGGAUAUUCAAAGCUUCAGUUGAGACUAAACUGAUAGCAUACCGUGUCACAACUCAACCCACUCUUGGCAGUUACGAUCGCUCACGCAGCAAACGACAAGCAGACGACACCUACUGACGCUUCAGCGAUGGUGCGAAAAUCUUCUCAUCGUGGGGUUCAUUCAGGAAACACCCUGCGUGCUUCAAACAGUCGCUACAGUCGUCGAUAUUUUCACCAAUCUUGUAUAAUUUCCCGCGUGGGUCGAGAUGUUCUGAAAAAGUUGCUUGGAGCCGAAAACACAACGACCGACAGUACGGCACGACUACCGUCCAGCGACGCACCUAAAGCAGACGACAAAAUCGGACACCCACAGAACAUACCCAUUGAUGUGGCGCUGUCCCUGAACAAGCAAGCUCGCUGGUUGCUGCCGUCGGUACUAAAACAUGAUAUAUCCAGUAGCAGUUUCGCCGAUCCCGACCUCAUGGUGUCCCUGCUGGAGCGACACAAGCUGAAGCGACACGCCAACUGUGUCAGUUAUUGCAGCAACGCGGGAGAGAUCCAGAAAAUCCAGCCCUACAGAGGACACUACUUCAGUUUCGCUCACCCUCUUCCUCAUGGCAUCUCCAGACGAGCCAUGAAACGCGAAUUGCGAGAACAAACACAAAAGAAAGUUUCUGACCGUAGAAUAAAACACGUGUUCACAGCGAACGGCCCCGUAGAUCAGAACAUAGGUGACUCCGAGCUCAGGUAUGAGGUGUUCUACCCUUGUCCACAACAAAGCUCUCUCUCGCACAAUCCUAAGUACAUCAAACAGCGGGAGUCUGCCCCACCUGGAGACAAAGGGAGAAGCCGGAGAACGGCAAGCCUCGCAGGAAGCACAGGUGCAAGCAGCGUAGGAUUCACCUUGAAAGACUUUGACUAUGAUGAAGUAUGUGCUUCGAAGGACUUCGACAAUGAUUUCGAAAAUGAGGACUUGUGGACGAGUGACAGUGCUGUCAGACAGCCUGCAGACACGAAAGAACUUUUUCUUGACAUUCUGAUCGACAAAGCCGAGAGAGCUAAACAGCACUUAUUCGAGAACAAGAGGCGUCAGAAGAAGAAAAACGAACCCAGAGAGGUACAGGACACCAAACCUCACCUUCAUUACAUCUCUUCAUCACAUAUUCACAAUACUGUCAAACCAAAACAAGCUUCGAAUUCUAAACUGUUCAAGCCGAUUGCGGCGGAGUCGACGAGAGUUAUUUUCCCUUCAGCUGACGUCAGCGUGUCCACCCUAGCUGAGUGCUUUGGGGAGAGGUAUUACGAAGCUGCCUGCCGCCCACGCAAGUUUCUACUUGACAUCACAAGUCACGUGAGAGACUUGCAGAUGAAGAAGGGCAUUUAUCCUUCUGUGGCCGACAGCAACGAGAAGUUCCUGACUUUUCUGGUCUUUACAUUCGACGGCUUCUACGACAACGGCCUUGAUGUGUACAAAGUGUCCUUGAACUGCCAACUGCGUCCAGGCCUGAUCGCCAUUCAAGAAGAGGCCAGUCAGCAGAUGCUUGAUGUCAGCACCACUGAGAGUGUUAUAAGUCAAGCCAUGAACGUGGUUGAAACCUGUGUGAUGGAGCGGAAAAAAAAUGGAGCGUUUCCACAGUUUUGUCAGACGCCGCCUGGCCUGUUUUGGCAAAUGCGUUAACAACACUUGGGCGACGCACAGUCUUACUUUCCUUCCUUGCAGCAGGUAUUCCAGCGGGGCUCCAAAGUCACUGAUCCCUACAUUCCCUCCUUGGAGGACAACAUCGACGAAGACCCUGCGUUUUGUGACAUCUGCUACGAGGAGGUCAGCUUUUUGGUCAUGGGCGGGGCACCAGCGACCUCUCUUGUCAAGUGCGGACACAGAGUGUGCGACGCAUGCUGGUCCCUUCACGUGCAGACUCGCAUUCAGCAGGGUUUUGUGCGUAUCACUUGCCCUGGCUACGACUGUCAAGAGGAAGUCGACGUGGGUGUGAUGCUGUCGGUUGUGCCGGUGGACGUCGUCAGUAAAAUAGUCCAGCGACAGGAAGAAAUGCGAAUCGGAGCUUCCCAAACCGAGAAAUGGUGUCCUAAUGAAGGUUGUGGCCGAGUGCUUCGCUUUAUCCCCAAAUAUUCGUCUGACCAACUGGACGAGAAAGUCCUUCAGCAAGAUGUAGUAUGUGCUUGUGGGUGCCACGUCUGCUUCAUGUGCCUGAGUGCGCCUCACUGGCCAGCCUCUUGCCAACAGGCCAAAUCGUAUCGCGAAGCUUUGGCCGCAGGUACUUUUCGGUCACACAACGAGCACGAUGAUGAGAAAGACAGUAAAGGGACUAUACAAAAUGAACCGAAUGGCGAGAAAAUGGUCAUUGUGAAGGGAAAGCUUUGCCCCGGGUGCAGGCAUUUUGUAGAAAAGAAUGGUGGCUGCAACCUUGUCUAUUGUCGCUGCGGACUUUCCUUCUGCUUCUACUGCCUGAAAACUGAUAAGACACAUCACGGUUUUAGUAAUUGCAUCGAUAAACAAGCAGAAGACAAGCUGACGACAACUGUCGCUGUACAUCACUUCAACCGUCACCUGGCGGAGCGCACCGACAAGAAACAGGAACAGACCAGCAGGCAUCGCAGCCGCGUCUCAUUAACUGGUCGAGCCGCGGAGUUCCGAAGUCACCGUCUCACGCGCAAACUUGACACGUCCACCUUGAUCAGUGUUGCCAAAGCUGGCCAUAGCGGCACACUAAAAACCAAACAAUCUCUGAGCUUGUCCUGCAGGCUUGCAGGUCAUCAUCCGAAGACACGAUUUCGCCAGUUCCGCAAGAUUUCGUUCCACGGGCAUCCACUUAUCCUCCUUGUCGGCGACAGUGAGAACUUUUCUGAAAAACAUGGAGCAAAGCAAACAGGAGAUCCUGGAGGUUGUCGAUACACCUUAGUGUUGCCAGAGACGGGCAGACUCUAUCCUCGCCGACGAGCACUGCGGAUCGCCGAGGAUUUGGGCACCUUUUGCUCCUUCACGCAAUCCAUCAUGGACACUUUCUGCAAGGGUCCUGCUGAUGCUGGCCAUCAAGACAUGGUCAAGGCUGUCCUGAGGUUAGGUGAAAUCCAGCAUUGGACACAGGUCACCCUUGCUUCUCUCAUCAAGACAUCAGGAGUAUUCGAACAGAGGCUGGCGUAUGAACUGAUUCCAUGCUGUCUUGCAUCGCAGUGUUGGCAUUGUGUAUCAUAAGAGGUUUAAGAAUAUUUAAAAACCUGACCUACUAAGUACUAAUUAGCAUAUGACUAAUAUCUAAUCACUAAUUUAUCUGCAGCAAUCACAUCUCAACUUAGGCAGCAAUUGUGAACUACAAAGUAUAUGCGUUAUUCUAUAUUAUGUCUUCACUUGCUUUCUGGUGAGUGGAUGAGUAUUUUUGAUAUAUAUAAGCUGAUGAAUGUAACUGGGAUGCUCUCAUCAGUUUUUGUCUUGAUGAAUCAGUCACUGCAAUAUUCUGAGGCUUUUAUAACUGAUGAACUCUGGUGAUGUGCAUUUUCUGCAAAGGUUCUCUGGUGAUAUACAUUCUUUGCAAGGAUCAUUAAUGUUGUUGUCAUUGUCUUUUGAUAGAGUAGAGUAAACAUUGCAUUAUUAUUAUUACCAUCUUUCCUCCAAAAUAAGAAUUAACCUUAAAAAGCCCUCUACGAUUUUUCAGAAUGAUUGUGAUAUAGGCCCUACCCAAAAAAAAAUUAACCCUAGUUAAGAUCUUUAGCCAGGUGGUCAGAGAGACUUAUAAAGUGAUAAUAUCAAUAUAUAAGUAAUGUUAUUACAUCAAUGCUUAAAAUAAAUGAUAAUAUAAAUUAUAAUUAUUUGUAAAUGUCCAGGCGUGCACUUUGGACUAGAUGUAUAUGCCUAUGUCUAAGUACCGCAAAACUUGCUGGCUUAUUAGCAAAUAGAUGUGGAUUUUUAUACUUAAAUAAAUAAAGAUAUUAUAUACAAAACAAAGACAUCCCCCGCAAUUAUGCCUUAUACAUCUUUUGGGGCAAAAAGUAGUAUAAGACCCUGUUUAUUUUCGGGAACAAUAUACUGUCAUGCUAGUUGGUUAGAUAAACAUUUUUUGAAUGCACAGACAUGGUUUUUCACCAAUUCUAUUUCUCAAAAUAACAAGCAAUGUUGAAACUGAUUUUUGAAAGCAUAUAUAAUUAAUGGUUUGUAUUUUGGUCUUCAAAUACCACUUGAAAGCAGCAAGAGAAUUUAUCUGACGUGAUUUAUCUGUUGUAUAAAAAUUUAUGCUAUUAUGAAUUUUUGUGUGUGUUUCAAUAAACAAUGGUGAAGCAUUGUCUAUAAAAUGUUUUAACAGCGCAUUAUAAAUCUGUUAUUUUGUGUAGAGCAGUGAGUGGUAUUGAAUGUGUGUGUGCUCAGGAGGAAAUAAAA